AAUCAAACCACGGCUACUAUACAUCUGCCGUUUGCGUAUUAAUAUGGAGCGUCUAUUCCAACAAGACGAUCAUGCCAGGCAGAGAGUUCGUUUUCCCAAUCCAAAUCUCUUCUUCCAGCUUUCUCUUCUUCCCCAAGAUAUCCUUUUCGAAAUUCUUAUUCGACUUGGUGCCAAAUCUCGAGGGAAGCUAUGCUGCGUUUCCAAAUCCUUCCGUUCCAUAAUCACUGGUCCAAGUUUCGUCGAGUUUCACCGGAAUUGGUCCACGGCGGCUGACCGCGGCACAACCAUACUCUUCUCUAUUUCAGCUCCGGUUGAUACUCCUAAAUCUGAUGACUUCACGGACAAAUCCGUGUGGUUCAAGUACUGUUCCCCGCCGGAGGAGUUUUACACCAUAAAUUACAAAUCUCUCGAAGGAAAUCAGCCCCUUGAAGCAAAACGUGUUAGGCACAUGGACAAAGUUGGCAACUUCAGCGAAUUCCGAUACGGGUCUUCCGCGGGAGAUCUGAUAUGUCUCUCCGACUGCCUUGAUGGAGGAAAAGGGGUGAUUUGCAACCUCAGAUCCGGACAACAGACUGCCCUCCUGACAACAACUCCGGAUUGGGCCGUUUAUCAGACCAAUGCUUUCGUGCUCUUGGGAUUCGACAGCUCCUCGGCAACAUACAAAGUUUUGAAAUCGGAAUUUGGUGACCCUACCGUCAAGCACUGGGUGUUGACACUGGGCGUGGAUGCAACCUGGCGGGAGAUCAACUCCUCUGCACAAUUUUACCCUGGUUGCCAUUACAACACUAGUGUUUGCAUAAAUGGUGUUCUCUAUUUCUACAAUGGGAGGCGGACGAAAGCAGCAGUCCGUGACUUUCCCAUUGUGGCAUUCGAUCUCAGAUCGGAGACUUUCCGCCUGAUUGCUCUCCCUCAGGCCAAAAGUGUAAUGGAAGCUAUGGAACAAGGUGAUAUGGCGAAAUCCUCUUUUGUAGAAUUGGACGGACGGUUUACUGUCAUUCGUAUCUUUCAAAACAUGCUUAUUACCUGGAGUUUGGAUAUGGUGGCGAACUCGGCCUCAUGCUGGAAGAAACACCAUUUCCUUCUUCCAUUUGAGCUGCAUGGGCCGUUUCAGGUGGCCGGAAGUAAAACUUUUUGCACUCUUACAACAAUUCCCACCGGGGAAAUAGUGGUUUUAACCCGCACGGGUGAGACAUGUUCUGUUUGGGUACUGUUUGAUAAGUUUGGACCAGAAGGCCUGAUUUGGAAGAAAUUUGGAAUCAACGGACUCGGAGACUUUUCUAAUUAUGGUGUCCAGGCAUUCAAAGCUGUAAUGGUGCAAAAUCUUGCUGAAAAUGUCUUGCACCCUGAAUAGGCCGGACAUAAUGGUCAGUUAGAUGAGUAAAUAUAGUUAUUAUAUAAGCAUUUGUUAUAUACAAUUGAUCACAAUAAUGUUCUUAAAAAUGUAUUCCAUUGCACAAACUUCGGUUACAUGUAGUUAUUUAUUCAUGUCUUAAUUACAAGCGUAGUUUUAUCUUGUUUAGAUUAGAUAGUCAAGAACGCAUGCGUCUAGGUGCAAGGAAAAUGAGUUCACUAUUCGUUGUCGAGACCUAAAUUUUAACAGGCGAUACAAAUUUGUAGUUCUGGUGCAAAAGAAAAAGAGACCUAUUAAAUCUUCAUAAGAAAAAAAUCAGAAUUUGAAAGAUGAGAAUUGUUAUUUUUGUAAUUUGGGAUGAAUGUAUUUUUCUAGGUGUACGUUGUAGCAAUAAAAGAAAUGAACCAAACCACAUGUUUCCAUCUUUAUGACCUAUUCUCCCAUAUUUUUGUCAUCUUGAAGUAUUACAGUUGUUAGAAGGGAGUAGAACAAAUUCCAAACAAGAAUAGAACAUAAAUAAAUUAUACUGUUAGUUUCGAUAAUGAGUUAUUUUCAGUCACAUACUCACAUGGUCAUUUUGAAAAUUUUAUUCAAAAGUUGGGUUUGUUUGGGAUAACGGAUAGUUUGAAUUAUUUAAAGAAAAAUCUAUAAUCUAUAAAUACAUAAAAGCAAUACUACUUUUUACUGUUGUCUCAAUCUCCUGCCUAACAUUAUUCUGCAUCUCAACCGUCCAUCUCAACAUCCCGUCCAUUAAACCACAUCUCGUCGUCCUGGUCUCCUGGAUUCACUUCAACCUCCAUGAGAAAUCAUUGUCCAUCUAUCCCUAAUCAAACAUUCCGCUUCAUCUAAACCCUUAUCCACCCUCACCUUCAUCCGAAUCAUCCCAACCGUGCGAAGCAGAAACUUACACCAUUGAUCAGAAUCAUUUCCAAUCCUUAUCAAACAUUUUUAUUUGAUUGUUCAAGAAAAACAACGAUGGAGAACAUCGUGUGAAGCAGAAAUUCAUCAUUGAAGACCAUAUAACGAAGAAGAAGAAUAAGGUUUCAAAGACUUUCAAAGAAGCAGAGAUGCCUCCUUGCUCUCGCAGCAAGCGAAGGUGGAUCACCCUGUAACAGAGUGGUGUUCAACGAGCUACUCACUAGGCAAGAAAUGGUGUUCCACAGAUUGCGACUAUAAGGCGUUUGAAUGCUCUUCUGUUUAUACUUCAUAUCAGUUGUAUGCUAUUCACGCUAGUGGAAUGCCAUUUCCCUGAAUCCGGUUAAAUCUCUUUUCUUCCAAGAAUGGUGUUCACUGUUUCCGCUUCUCUGAAGUAAGUACCUGCAAUUUACUUAUAUAAAUUAGUAAACUCUGCUAAUACACGUUUUCUAUUUGAGAAUGAUUUAAUUUGAAUGUCUUAUUAUAUACUCUCUAGAGUUUAAAGAAGUGUUUGUUGGUUGCUAACUUGCUAUACAUAGCAUAGGACAACUGUACAUGCAUUCAAGUUUUAAAACAAGAAUAGCAGGCAGAGAUGAAGAGACACUUCCAUGUGCACGCAUGCAAGUUUUAAGAGGCACAGUUGGGUUAAAUUCCCGUGAAAUAAUUAAUCAAAAGGGUUGACCUUUUUCUGUAUGGGGUCUUUCCAAAUGGGGGCGAUCAUUGUGAAUUAUAGAAUGCUCAUUUCGACUUUUGUUAAAUGCCUUUUUUUAGAAUAAUGGGUUUUUUCCUCAUGUGCUUGAAAAGUUAUCAACUCAUUUUCAUAUAGGAUGUCAGGAUAGUGCUUUAUUAGGCAUAUUGAGUUCAGGUUAGAGGGUUAAAAGUUGUAUGCAUUCAACACUUUUCAAUCCCGUGCCAUAUAUACUCAAAAGAUAUUUCCCGAAUCCCUGUGAAACAAGGAUAGGUCUCUAAGUACUAAAAUAAUACAGCCAGAAUAAAACAUAUGUUUAAGUUGGUGAUCUGUUUUUUAUUAGAAUUAGAAUAAGGAGAUCAUUGUGAAUAAGAGAAUGCUCAUUUUGACAUGUGACAAGUGCUUUUCUAUUUGAAUAGUGACCGCGAGAAAUUUGAUACUGUGAUAAUCUGGAGCAAUUUGAAUGAGAGAAAAAACAUGUUUGAUUUCAAUUUAUUAUUUUUUUAUUCUUUGAUAUUCUGGGCAAUGACCAACAACACCAGCAAAACCAGAUUAAUAAAGAAAUAAGGAAAAUAAUGCCUUUUCACCAUCUGGAUACAAAAGUUCAUGAUAUAUAAGGAAAUUUAUCAGAUUAGAGAUCUCUAAUAUUAGCACUAAUAUAUUUCUGUUAUCCGAAAUAUGUUCUUUUAAGUAUAAGAGCUUUUGUUUUUAAUAUUUCAUUUCCAUUGUGUUCAUCCUUCAUCCUUUGAGUUCAAUUUCUUAUCUGCAAGGAGUUUUUUUGUUGUUGUAUACUCUAAGACUUCUAAUCUUCCCAUAUAUGUUUCUACUAGAGGCUUCUUUUACAUUUGGACAUGUGUAAAAGGAUUUACAUAUUGAAAUCGUGUAUAGAUUUCAAAAGAAGCUUGACACGCCUCCUCAAAAGCGAACAACAGCUCUGAAACCACUCAUGUAAUUCAGUUUAUUUCUUUAUAAUGGAUUCUUCUUGAUUUUGAUGAAGUUAAUUUUUUCCCCUGUCAUUGUCUUAGUAACUCAUAAAUUUGCCAUGUAUUUGCCUUAAGAUCUUAUGAUCAAGGAGUAUUAUUUUUAAUUGUAUACUACUGUAAUCUUUCUAAUCACCCUAUCUACUCGAGG